AUGACGACCCCAGAGGAGAGGGCUAUAGAGCUCAAGAACCAAGGCAAUAAGGCGUUUGCCGCGCACGACUGGCCGACCGCGAUUGAAUUCUACACCCGCGCUAUCGAGCUGAACGACAAGGAGCCGACCUUUUGGUCCAACAGAUCCCAGAGAUGCCACAAAGGCGAUCGAGCUCAACCCGAGCUUCGUCAAGGUGCGCGACCUCCCAAGACCAGACAGCCCCCCACACCACCGCGCGAGGCUGACGGGUUCUUCUCGCACCAGGCCUAUUACCGGAGAGCGACGGCGUACGCCGCCAUCCUGAAGCCCAAGGACGCCGUCAGGGACUUCAAGACAUGCGUCAAGAUCGACCCGGGCAACAAGGACGCCAAGCUCAAGCUGGUGGAGUGCGAAAAGAUCGUGCGGCAGCUUGCCUUCUUCGCGGCCAUCGAGGUCGGGGACGAGCCAUCGGCGGCAGAGGGGCUUGACGUGGAUGCGAUCGUGGUGGAGCCCUCAUAUGACGGGGUCCGGUUAGAAGGGGAGAUGACGCAGGAGUUCAUCGACGACAUGACCGAGAGGUUCAAGAAUGGCAAGACAAUACACAAGAAAUACGUCUACCAGAUCAUUCUGGCAGUCAAGAAGAUUGUGUAUGACGAGCCCACCAUGGUCGAGGUCGACAUCCCCGAGGGCGUGGAACUCACCGUCUGCGGUGACACUCACGGACAAUACUUUGACCUCAUGGAGCUGUUCAGGUUAAACGGCACUCCGAGCGAGAAGCACUGGUAUCUGUUCAACGGCGAUUUUGUGGAUAGAGGCUCCUGGUCGACCGAGAUUGCGCUGCUGCUCUACGCCAACAAGUGGUUGCGGCCGAAUUGCUUCUUCAUCAACCGCGGCAACCACGAGACAGAUGACAUGAAUAAGGUGUAUGGCUUUGAGGGCGAGUGCAAGGCCAAGUAUAACGAGCGCAUCUUCAAGUUGUUCUCGGAGAGCUUUUCGGCCUUGCCCUUGGCAACUUUGAUCGGCAAGAAGUACUUCGUGCUACACGGCGGUCUCUUCUCGGACGACAACGUGACAUUAGAUGAUAUCCGGAGGUUUGAUAGGCAUAAGCAACGGCAGCCUGGUCAGUCUGGCCUUAUGAUGGAAAUGCUGUGGACAGAUCCGCAGAGUGAGCCUGGCAGAGGGCCCAGCAAACGCGGCGUGGGCAUGCAGUUCGGCCCCGAUGUCACAAAGCGGUUCUGCGAGAAGAACGGCCUGGAGGCGAUCAUCCGUAGUCACGAGGUCAGGAUGGCGGGCUACGAGAAGGAACAUGACGGGAAAUGCAUCACUGUCUUCUCAGCGCCCAAGUAUUGCGACAUGACGGAGAACAGGGGAGCAUACAUCAACAUCGGCCCGGACUACAAGCUCAGGUUUUCGCAGUUCGACGCUGUUCCCCACCCCAAUAUCCGGCCCAUGGCUUAUGCUCAAAACUCUAUCAUGUCGGCGCUGAUGUGA